AUGACUACUCAUAUAUUCUUUAAUUGUUGUCGAUACGCAUGGGAGAUAUGGGUUACUUCCGCAAAAUUUAGGAGCAUCGUUUUGUAUAGGCCAACGCGCGCAUCCAAGAGUAAUGCAAAUGGCAUUGGAUUAAGUUUCGAAGCCUCUGAGCUGUGCUAUAGUACCCGUGAAUGUCAGAAGCCAAGCAGUAAUAGGAAUCCCAUCAAUCUCAUGAAUGAGACAUUCAGUUUCUUCUUCGGUGGCAUUCCAUGGGAGAGAUUCUCGGCUCUGAUUUUCCAUGACUGUAAUUCACGAUUCGAGAAAAGAAUAAGAAUUCUUGGAAGAAAGUUGGGGGACGUAGGGAACCCCGAUAAUUUGUCUUUGGGUGCUGUGCCGCAGAGGCAGACGACAGUCGAAUCCUGUGCAAAUGUCGCUGCUAACUUGUAG